AUGCUCUAUGUGGGUUUAUCUAAUGGUGAAUUUGAGAAAGAUGCAAACUGUCUCGUAGGUUUCAUUAUAUUAGCUAUUACUCUUUAUUCAUGUAAGCGAUUAUGUCCCACAUUAAAGCAAUAUUCAUUAACAACAGUUCAUAGACAUCAAUAUGUACAAAGAUCACAACAGUACGAGAAUAAUUUGACAUUAUCAUCAAAUAAUAAUAAUAAUGAGAAUUUAGAAUUAGUUACGAAUGGCAUCACCGAUUUACCGUCAUAUAGAGAAUUAUUUCCUUAUGGAUUAGCUAUUCGCAACAAUGGUAAUCAUUCAUCUUCAAUAUUGUUGCCACCAUCUUAUGGUGAUUUCGUACAAAGGCCUGCGAUUCAUCAUCAGGCUACAACUCUUCCGAUAGAAUCGUUGCACUGUUUUGUAUUAUCUAUACCAAACACACCCUUAUCCUUGACAUCUUCAUCACAAAGAUCUGUUAAUAUUCGUAAUACUAUUCGAUAUGUGUAA